AUGUUUCCCAAGUGUUUGAAACUGGUAUUUGGGUUUUCCACGUUGGAUCAAGUGCGGCGUACAGAGAAAGGCUGCAUUAAUAUCACGGGCAGAACAAGAGCAGCAGUACUCGCCGCCAGAAGCUUCUUCUCUUUUCUGCUCAGCGAUUUUUAACCCCACGCAUCUUUGCUGUUUGCCUGCCUGCCUGCCUGUCUGGGGAAAGAUCGGGGUUUUUAAGAGCUUUGCUCUCCCCUUUCUCCCUCCCUUCUCUUGUACACACACACAAAUCCCUCUGAUUGUUUCUACCACCUCCUUGGUGAGUUACCGACAACGACAGCCAUUCAAUCAGCUGCUACGGCGGCUCUGGGGCUGUAGAAAGACUCUCGGACUCUGUGUGAGGCAGCCAGCCUUUCUGAUCUUGGAAGAAAAGAUUCAAAUGUUGCCUUUUUGGUAGUCUUUUUCGGUUAGAUUGAAGGAACCGAAAACGGGGAGAGGACGACGCUGGGGGAUUGAGCCUCUGCCAUUGGGGCUGCUGUGCUUGAAAAGAAAACUCUCGCCCAUUCGGGUGAGAGAGGAAGCUAUAUACACAAAAUUUUCGGCCAGAUGAAAAUGUUGAAUCCUGCAAACGGAGAGCAGCUUCAUUUAGCAAACUAUGUGGAGGAUUACAUGGACUCAAUCGAAUCCCUGCCUUUCGAUCUGCAGAGAAAUGUCUCCCUGAUGAGGGAAAUUGACGCCAAAUACCAAGAUAUCUUAAAGGAGCUGGAUGAUUAUUAUGAAAAAUUCAAACGGGAGAGUGAUGCAGUACAAAAGCGGAGGUUGUUGCACUGUAUACAGAGAGCAUUGAUCCGGAGUCAGGAACUUGGUGAUGAAAAGAUUCAGAUUGUUAGUCAAAUGGUAGAACUUGUUGAAAACAGAACCAGGCAACUUGAUAGCCAUGGAGAACUGUUUGAAACUUGCCAAGAGGCUAAUAACCCUACUGGAAACAGUGGCAAAGCUAACCAAGAUAAAUCAAAGAAUGAGACAAUCACUCAGGCUGAGAGGCCAAAUAACAAACGGUCAAGGCGUCAAAGAAAUAAUGAAAAUCGAGAGAAUGCUUCUAAUAAUCAUGAUCAUGAUGAUAUCACCUCAGGAACUCCAAAGGAAAAGAAAGCAAAAACAUCCAAGAAAAAGAAGAGGUCUAAGGCCAAAGCAGAAAGGGAAGCUUCCCCAGCAGAUCUUCCCAUUGAUCCUAAUGAACCAACCUACUGUCUGUGUAAUCAAGUUUCCUAUGGGGAAAUGAUAGGCUGUGAUAAUGAUGAGUGCCCAAUUGAAUGGUUUCACUUCUCAUGUGUUGGACUCAAUCAUAAACCCAAAGGCAAGUGGUACUGUCCGAAAUGUAGGGGAGAAAAUGAGAAAACUAUGGACAAAGCAUUGGAGAAAUCUAAAAAAGAAAGGGCUUACAAUAGGUAGUUUCUAAGCAGAUGAGAAUAAGGCACUUAAAACAUUUAUUUAUUCUCUGUCUCACUCUUUGUUGAGAUGUCAGGAUUGUAAAAUGUAUAUUUUUAGAGAAAGUUAUAAAUCAAACCAUUCUUGUAACGGGAAUGGUGAUACAGGAUGGUAAUUGUUUUUCCUUUGAAACAGCUGUUAACAAGAAAAUGGUCUGUGGGCCAAAACACUCAGUGAAGUAAUAAAAAUUAAUAUGUAUUGUUUGGAUUCAUCUUACAAAAAUGUGUUUCCACAAGUUGAUAAAAAUUCUGCCCAUUAAAGUGUAGAUAGCAAACAUGUCUUAGAUUGCAUUCCAUUUUUCUUUAUAACGGAAUGCUGUUUAUCUUUUUUAAAAAAAGUUCUGUAAAUCUGUUUGAAGGAAGCCACAGUACUUUGCAAAUGUAUUCUAAAGAUGUUGAUCAGAGUCCAACGAAGAGUGUAGCUAGCUACUUAUGCCCGUUGAUUUCACUGGGCUUGUGUACUGAACUCCAGGCCAUUUGCGUAGAUAAAGCAGGUCAUGUUCAUUUCAUUGGUAACUGCUUCCAAGAAAGUGGUUUCCAUUCUGUUUUGAGCAUCUUACUGAGAAUCAAAGCCCAUAGCCUUCAGUGGGACAUAGUUACAAAGAAUGUAUUUAGGAUUAGAAUCAAAUUUUGUCUGAUCAGUGCAGUAGCAAGGAAGAAGUUAUGGUAUGGCUCCUGUUCAAUGUCUGUCUUAGCAGCUCAAUAACAAUGUUUAAUGACAACUAUGAGCUUAUUUUUAAAAUGCAAAAGGUUAAAUUUUACACAGCAUAUUUUAUAUAUUGGCCAAGUACCACAAAGGCCUUUUAAAAUGGUUUAGUAUAUUUUGUAUUUAACCAAGGAGUGAUUUAGUAAUGAAACUUACAUCAAUCAAAGCUUUGUACUGUCACAUAUAAUAGAGUAGCAGCCUUUACUUUGUAUAAGUUGUAAAAAUGUACAUUUUCAAGUGGAGUUGCACUCAACUGUAUUAUAAUUGGAAAUGCAUCAACGUGGUGGUAUAGCCAAUAUGCAUUUCCUUCUGUAUGUAUGAAAAUUGUACAGCUGUGAUAUUAAGAAAUAAAUUAAACAAGUUGGAUAAUA